GUCCUCCCAUUCUCAGUGCGCAUGCGUGGCUCCGGGAGCGCACAGCGCGGCGAUUGGCGGUCCGCUGUGUCCCUCGGACACAGCGGAUCACUGAUCCACGGAAAGAGCCGAAGAUGUCGGGUGGGUCAUGUGAUCAGCUGUGUCCAAUCACAGCUGAUCACAUGGGACAUGUACACUGAUCAUCAGAGCACUGAUGAUUAUUGUGCCCUGAUGAUCAGUGUAGCCCCAGCAGUGCCACCUGUCAGUGUCCAUCAGUGCCAGCUCUCAGUGCUCAUCCAUGCCACGUGCCAGUGCCCAUCAGUGCCAUAUCAGUGCCACAUAUCAGUGCCUACCAGUGCACAUCAAUGCCACAUAUCAGUGCCCAUCUGAGCUGCCUUUCAGUGUCACCCAUCAGUGCCAGUCAGUGCCACCUAUCAAUGCCAAUCAGUGCAACCUAUCAGUGCUGCCAAUCAGUGCAACCUAUCAGUG